AUCCGCAACACCAGCACCAGCACCAGCACCAGCACCAGCACCAGCACCAGCACCAGCACCAACACCAACACCAAGAACCCCCUCCGCACUCCCUCCCCCCGCAGUCGCGAGCAGGACCUCGCGCGCACAAAACGCUCGAUGCUCAUUUCCGCGAGCGGAAUGGUUCUCUGCGCGGUGGGAAUGUACGCUGUGAUAAAGUCGGAUGUUUUUGGACUUGAAUCUACCGCCAGCAGCAACAGCAACAGCAAGGAAUCCGAAGAGAAAGCUACAACGGAUGGGGAAACGAACUCAAACGGGGCAAUGAAACUCGAUGGACCGGGUGGAUUAUUUCCUAGUAACCCUGCGUUGACUAUUAUCCACGGAGAAGGAGAAGGAGAAGGAGAAGGAAAAGGAGAGGUAGAGACAGGGACAAGCUCAAUUCCUUAUUUUCCUUCCGUGAUUAGACUUCCUACUUGGAUUGAGGGGGAACAAACUCCUGUGAAAUCUGGAGAGGAGUUUAAAUCCGGGGAGAAGGGUGUAGAGAAGGAGGAGGAGGAAUACCACCUUCUUGGCCUGGGUAUCCGGACGGUCUCAUUCCUCAAUAUCCAAGUCUAUGUUGUGGGAAUGUACGUGGCGAAAUCGGACCUAGCGGAACUGCAAUCCCGCCUUGUGAAGACGGCGGUGCAUCCGCCUCAUGUGGACGAGGGCGGGGAAAAGGUGAUUGCAAAUGAGGUUGGUGCUGCGGCGGCGACGUCGUUGGUUUCGAUGGAACGGGACAAGUUGAGGGAGUUGUUGCUGGAUCAGGCGGAGAGGGGGGAUGAGGCGUGGGAGGGGAUAGUGAGGGAGAAUGGAUUGAGGACGGCGUUUAGGAUUGUGCCGACGAGGAAUACGGAUUUCUUGCAUUUGAGGGAUGGUUGGGUGAGGGGGAUUACGGGACGGGCGAAGAAGUAUAAUGCUAUUGCUGCUGGUGGUGCUGGUGGGGAGUUUGAGGGAGAGGCGUUUGGGGAGGCGAUGGGGGUGUUUAAGGGGUUGUUUAGUGGAGCGGGACAGAAGAAUGUGCCCAAGGGUCAGACGUUGGUGUUGGCCAGGGGAUCCAAGGGUCAGUUGGAUGUGUUGGCUUGGGGGGAUAAGGGGGUUGGAAGGUAUAUGGGGCGAGUGUCGGAUGAGAGGAUUAGUCGGUUGGUGUGGUUGAAUUAUCUGGCGGGAAAGAAUGUCUCGAGUGAGGGAGCUAGACGGAGUGUGGUGGAUGGGAUUAUGGCGGUGGUGGAACGGCCGGUUGGGACUGUUUGAAUCCAUCCUAUACUAUAACUAUACUCCGUAUGUAUACUUGUAUAAUAUGAAUGUACUCUAUCCUCACUCACUCAUUCUAUACCAUACAACCCUCCCCCCUCAACCACAAGUAUACCAUACAUAUACCACAACACAUAACCACAUAUAAUAACCUAAGCAUUCAUUACUUUAUCCUCCCCACUCCACAACCCCAUCAUUAAGACACCGACACACACACACACACAGAGAGAGAGAGAGAGCUAAUUACAAAGCCCCCGCCUCAGUCAACAGACCAUUCAACUCCGCGCCCUUCUUGCUCUGCAGAUCCGAGUUUCCGCCAAUGUGCUGCUGCUUAAUGAAGAUGUUGGGGACGGUGCGCUGCUUGGAGAUCUCCUCGAGGGCGGACUGGAU